UUUCUACCAUUUUUCUAUUAGCAUAAGACGAAACAGCGGAAAUAAGAACCUUUCCCAGCCCUCGUAUAAGGUAUCUAAAAUGGAGAAUAGAGGAAACACGGAUAGAAGACUUGGUCCUUUGCAUACUAGUGGAAAUGCAAUGGUAACAACAGCCUACAAGGCCUACAAGAGAGUAGAAUUAUUGCCUAAUCCAAUUGGCACAAUAGCACAAAAACUAGGUAGAGUUGUGAAGCCAACUGUUUACAUUCUGCAAAAUCACUGCCUAGCAAUCCUCUCUUACGCAGAUGAUCAAAUCUUAUUUGUUGAAAAGGCCAUUGAGAAUGUCUUCCCGCCAUCCAGCUACAUCUUCAACAAGAUCGACACCCUUGUACAUGUCACCGAGACCCUGCCGGCAAGAUUUGACAAUGCAGCCGACAAAUUACCAGCGAUAAUACAACGAGUGCCGUAUUUGGAAUGGGCAUUAGCCCAAUUGUUUUUGAUAUUGAGUUUCUUGAUUAGUACACUAACUAAUUGGGGAGUGGAUGGAGCUAAUGAGAAAGAGAUUAGAAUUGACACAAAUUCUCAUGAUGAAAUUGCUACAAAUAAUCGUGGGCUCACUGGAAUUGAAGAAAUGUGCGUCCCAAACAGUACGGGCAAUGACACUGGGGAAUGUGAGAUAAAGGAAGAAAAUGAGAAACAAAUCAAGGAGACAUACAAAGACAUAUUGGUUAAGAAAAAAGAUGUUAAUGAAGAAGAGAUUAAUGAAAAGAAUGGCGUAGCAACUAGUUAUAAGACAAUAUUAGAGAUGGGUAUGAAGGAAAGUGAAGAUGAAAUGAGCCAACAGCAGCAAGGAGAACAAUCCGACAACAAAGAAAUUGGAAGUGUGAUUGAAAAUGAUGAAAUAAAAGAGACUAAUGUGAUUCAGGAAGAACAGGAUCCAAUUCUAAAGCUUUUUUCUGACGCAGGGUGGUUUAACAUGUAAGGAAAUUUUGAUGGCUACGAGGAACAAACAAGAUGGUCGUCAAGUAGAUGCUGAAACGAUUUUAAAUAUUCCAACACGUGUGAAAGAUUACAGGCUCGCUGCACAGCGGCUGAGAUCGAGCCGUGCUGAGCGCAAGUUGGAAACAAGAACAAAAUUGUAAAAGAAAACAGUUGAGAUAUAUAAAAUUUGAUCAAGACAAUGUCAGAGGACAACAAGAUAAAACUUAGUCAAAAAUAAUGUUCGAGAUUUUGAUUAGAGCUGUAAAAGAAAUUUGUACUUGCAUUAUUGUCUUUCUGAAUUCAAAGGUGAAGAAAAAAAAAUUAGAACGCCCACCGUGGGGCUCGAACCCACGACCACAAGGUUAAGAGCCUUG